GCAUGAGGGUGUCUGCUUUGUGCAUGUGAGCAUGUUCUUACUUUUAACACUUUCAAUGUAUUUGUCUGCCCUUACAGCAUGGAAAUUACAGUCCCUCAUGUGGCAUCCAUAUUCUAGGCAGCAUAUAAAUGAGUAGAGUUCAUUUUACAGUGAACGAUUGAGCUAGCUAGCUAACGUUUUAAGCAAACUAAAGACAUGGAGAUCAAGAGAUCCUUUGGGCUUUUCUUCUUGCUCCUCAUUGUCUUGGCUUCUCAAGAGGUGGUGGUGCCUACUGAGGCAAGGGUUUGCCAGUCACAGAGCCAUUAUUUUAAAGGUCCAUGUGCAAGGGACCAUAACUGUGCUUGGGUGUGCAGGAAUGAAGGUUUCUCUGGUGGAAGAUGCAAAGGGUUCCGUCGCCGCUGUUUUUGCACCAAGCUUUGUUAAGUUGAGCAAAGAAAAUGCAGUGACCAUUACGGCAUAUGGCCAGUCUUUCUAGUCAUGUGUCAAGGUUGCCAAGCAUGCAUUUUGACAUGAAAAAAGCACUAUCUUAAUAUCCUCUGUUUGGGCCUUUUUCAAAUAAGUGUUUUUGUUUUGCUUGUUCAAUUAGCUGAGUAUCCAUAAGUAUGUCAGCAUCACUUGUGUUAGCUUGCUCUUCAGCUAGGCAACUUGCUAGCUUUAGAACCUGCUGCUGAUCGAUGAUGCUGGGGUUAAUGUCAAUGUUGGUUUCGUUAUGUAAUAAUAAACUCUCCCUUCUUGUUCGAGGAA